GCCCAUAUUUAAACAAGAGCAGUAGUCACUUGGACUUUAAUGAGUCUGGCAUCAGGCCACCGUCCACACCAGCACUUUUCGGAAACUUUGUACCACGGAGUGAAACUCAUCGGAAAUAGUCCACCACCCAGCCAGCCAGCCUUCCAGAAUCAGUGUCAAAGGUCAUAGGACCUCAUCCACCUCCACUUCCAACGACGCAUCUUCUUCCACAAACGCUAACUCAACAAGUCUCAGCGGCAACAAAGAGGACAAAAUGAUUGUCACUAGCAGAAAAAAUCGUGAGAGAUUCGCCAUCAAGAAGUCGUACAGUAUCGAGUCCGACUCCAACUCAACUUCUGAGGAAGAGGCAAUUCCAUGGGCUGAAUAUGUGCAGAACGGCUACCCCUCUCGUCGUCGCUCGCUCGUGGGGGAUGCCCGAUUCGAGACUCAGGUGAACAAAGAGAACAAACGGAACUGGUUGGAAGAGAUUCGUCAACUUUCUCGAGACUCUGACCUCUCCGAAGAUGAUCUUAUUCUCGUGGACGAGAGCGGAAUUCUGGAGAAGGAGCACAAGGAGCAGUCCACCAGCACUUCUGUUGACGGAGCCGCUGCUUCCGGAGGGGAGGAAUCUGCCCCCAAAGCGGAACAGGCUACGAUUGUCCUCACCUUGAAGGACAACAUGCUCUCUCUCGGAAACAUUCUAAACCUCGUCGAUGACUUCAAGGGGAUCGUGACUCAUAUGGAGAGUCGCCAAUCAAGGGAAGCAAACUGUCAAUUCGACGUGCUUCUCAAGGUUGAGAUCGUUUGGAACAAUUUCGUCACCCUGUUGCGAUCACUGCGACAGUGUCCAUCCGUUUUCGGAGUGAAUGUCAUUUCCACGCAGGGAGUCGUGGUGAAAGAGGCAUGGUACCCACGCCAUAUUUCGGAACUGGACUUGUGCAACCAUUUGAUGACCAAGUUUGAGCCAGAAUUGGAUAUGAACCAUCCUGGAUUUGCGGACAAGGAAUAUCGUGCUCGAAGAAAGAUGAUUGCUGACAUUGCGUUCGAUUUCAAAUUUGGGGAACCCAUUCCACGAAUUGACUAUCAAGAGAUCGAGAUCAAGACUUGGGGCCAUGUCUUCAAUCAGUUGGUGUCUCUGCUGAAAUCGCAUGCUUGCAAGCAAUACAUUGACGCUUUCACCCUGCUCCAAAACGAGGUUGGAUAUGCGGCUGAUAAGAUUCCACAGUUGGAGGACGUGUCCAACUUUCUUCGACGCAAAACUGGGUUCACCCUUCGACCAGCUGCAGGGCUUUUGACCGCACGAGACUUUUUGGCCAGUUUGGCAUACCGAGUUUUCCAAUGCACUCAAUACGUGAGACACGGUUCUUCCCCUGACCACUCUCCGGAACCAGACUGUGUUCACGAAUUGCUUGGACACGUCCCCAUGUUGGCUGACCCUGGAUUUGCACAAUUCUCGCAAGAACUUGGACUCGCUUCUCUGGGAGCAUCGGACGAAGAGAUUGAACAGUUUUCAACCAUGUACUGGUUCACCGUGGAAUUUGGCUUGUGCAAAGAGAACGGAGAAACCAAGGCAUACGGUGCUGGACUUCUUUCCAGCUUUGGCGAAUUAAUUCAUGCACUUUCCGAUAAGCCCGAGCACAAGCGAUUCGAGCCAGAGGUCACCUCCGUACAACCUUAUCAAGAUCAGGAUUAUCAGGAUGUCUACUUUGUGGCUGACAGCUUCUCCGAUGUCCAAGUCAAAUUUAACCGAUGGGUCCGCGAGCACAUGAAGCGCCCAUACGAAGUCCGGUACGACCCAUUCACCCAGAGCGUGGAAGUUCUCGACUCUGCCGACAAAUUGGAAGCCGCCGUUAACCAGAUGAAAAUGGAGGUCAAUUAUUUAUGCAACGCCGUUUCGCACAUGAAAUUCAUGAAAUUUUAAAUUAAAUUUCGAGUUUAAGUUGUUCUAAGCAUGAUCUUCACAUUAGACGUACACACUUGGUUACUUUAAACUUUUACUUGUCAUCCUACUUUUACGGUACAAUCAAAAUAUACUGCUACGUACAAUACCUUCUUAUGUUUGGCUGGAUGGCUGAAAUUUUCUCGUAGAAAACGUAUCCUGUCAUCAUAUUAUUAUUCUACCAUAAUUCUUAUAUUAAUAAUACACGGUUACUGAUUAGUACUGAUCUUCUAUGGCAAAUUAAGUACCUUUCCUCCUUCUUUACGAGUCGUGAUGAUUAAUACUCAAUGAAAAUUAUAUGCAACACCCGGUGCUGUCCACAUGACGAACAGAGAUAUUUUAAAAUCAGUGAUGGAUUCACGGUGGGAGGAGAAAGAGAAAACUUGUUAUUCUAUAAUAAUCAUAAUAAUUACGAUAUCUUUAAUCUUAUAAAGUAGUUAGUUUACAAUAACGGAAUGAUAAAUAUGAUGAAUUUGUUGUCGAAUAAUGUCAACUUGUUACGCGUGCUGUGAUGAUGAUGUGUGAACAUUAAUUGAAAAAAAUAUGUAUGAAACCUGAUGUGAUCACUUUAAGCCAAAAGCGAAUACUAGAAAAUAUUACAAUUUAUUAUUUCAAUACAAACUUUAGUCGUUCGUUAGUCAAUUUUUAGAAAAAGAGAGAGAAAUAUUAUGCAUGCAGCUUCAAUCAUUAAGAUUACAUAAUUACUAAAUACAUACGAUAACUGCAUAGGAUUAAGUAUUGGAUUGUCAAAACGUCAUAAUCGAUCAAUACUUCAGCUGGAGAUUGUGGGACCAAUUAAUUAAUCGCAAUUCUCUUUCUGCAAUUUAACCAAUCAAUUAAUUCAAGUCUAUACUAAUUCUCUAGUUAGUGUUAAGCAUGCAUGAGUACAAUUUACCAAUAGUUUAUCACAUGAUAGGUAAAGCUUACUAGAAAUUUUAGGCACAGUUUUCCUCUCGUUUUCAUGAACAACUUUUAGAAACUCUAAAAUAGGCAAAAGAACCAAAUGGUGACAAUAGCCAUCGAUUAGUAGAAGUAGUAGAAAUAUUAGACGCCAUUCAAGUAGGGAACGAUAAAUGAAGUAAUAAAUGAUCAAUUUAAUUCCUAAGUUUAAA